CGACGCUUCAAGUUGUAUAAAAUCCACCGAUAUCCCAUCAUCAUGGGCACCGACCAGACGCUCGGGUUAUCAGCUCUUCGUUCACUCAAUCCGCUUUUGGGACCUUGAACCUUUGUUCCGGACCCCAUCCAACAACGAUGUCCUCGACACCACAGUCGUUCGAGACUCACAAUAUUGAUGCCAAGGUGAUGGAUACGACGAAGCACUUGGAGGUCGCACCUGGCCUUCAAUGGACAUCUGAAGAAGAGAGGAAGCUGUUGCGGAAGAUUGAUCUCUACCUGCUCCCCACGAUAUGGCUCAUGUAUCUCUUAUCCUACAUGGAUAGGACGAACAUCGGCAAUGCAAAGAUCGCUGGCAUGGCCGAUGAUCUCAAGCUCGAUUCUAAUCAAUAUAGUGUCUCUCUGGUUGUGUUCUUCGUCACAUAUGUCGUCUUCGAACCUCCAUCCAACAUGGUCCUAGUCCGAACAAGACCUUCAAUUUAUUUGCCAGUCAUUAUGACGAUCUGGGGAGCAUUGACCUGUUGUAUGGCGGCAGUCCAGGACUACUCACACCUCGUCAUUCUCCGUGUUUUCGUCGGCGUCUUCGAAUCAGGCUUUGCUCCCGGUAUUCUCCUCAUUAUUUCAUCGUGGUAUCAGCGAGAAGAGCAGUCUAAACGCUUCGCGGUCUACAUAUCUGCAGCUAUUCUAUCCGGAGCUUUUGGCGGACUCCUAGCCGGGUCCAUCACAAGUGGCCUUGACGGAGCCCAUGGACUUCGCGGCUGGCGCUGGUUGUUCAUUGUGGAAGGUGCUGCAACCGUGGGCUGGGCCGUCAUCUCAGGUUUCUUACUUCUCGACUUUCCAGCCAACACCAAGAGGUUUACCGACCGGGAAAGGGCGAUUGCUAUCGCCCGCUUACAGGAAGGCGGCGUUGUCACGCGGUCGCAAGAUGAACCCAGGCUCGGAAAACGCAAGUCUUUUCUCGUCGCUAUAAAGGACUGGCGAACAAUUGGCUUCAUCCUAGGGUACAUGGCAAUCGUCGGCUCCUCCACCCUCUCCUACUUCUACCCCACGCUCGUUCACGGCCUGGGCUAUACCUCGACAGUGCAAGCGCAAUACAUGACCGUCCCAAUCUACGCCGUCGCCUUUGUCUGCACCGCUGUCACCGGAUACUUCGCUGAUCGCAUCCCUCAACACCGCGGCCUUAUUAUCGCCUGCUGGCUCACCUUCUCCCUCAUCACCUCAAUCCUAGUUUGCGUCCUCUACAACUUCACCGCCCGCUACAUCCUUCUCGUUCUUAUGGCUGCCGGCCUAUGGGCGUCUAACGCCAUCUCGCUAUCUUUUGCUGGCGCGACGUUCGGAGCACUGCACCCCGAGGUUAGGGCAAUUGCGCUUGCGCUAGUCAAUGCGAUGGGCAAUUUGGCACAGAUCUACGGCGCAUAUCUGUUCCCCAGUGAUGAUAGCCCGAAGUAUCUUAUGGGAUUCGGUGUCAUUUCUGGAAUGCUAGGCCUCGGUGUGGUAAUCUAUGUCGUAAUGCAUGUGCUCACGAGGAGGAAGGAGGGUCUUGGGUGGAUCUAAAGUGAUGAGUAAACGGCGUCGGCGGG